AUGUCUUUGGUCAAGGAAUUCUAUAAGUUGAUGCACGAGGAAUUUGAGAUGAGUAUGAUGGGGGAUUUAACUUAUUUCCUUGGGCUUCAAAUCAAACAACUUGAGGAAGGAAAUUUUGUGAGCCAAAUGAAGUAUUGCCAUGAGCUACUAAAGUGCUUCGCUAUGGAAAACUCCAAAGUUAUUGACACUCCAAUGCCUACCGCGGUAAAUUUAGAUCGGGAUGAAUAUGGUAAGCCAGUUGAUGUAAAAAGGUAUAGAGGUAUAAUUGGCUCUCUUCUCUAUCUUACCACUUCUCUAUCCGUAAAGCGCAUACUUGGGUACCUUUAUGGUACUACAAAGUACGGACUUUGGUUCUCCAAAGGAAGUGAUUUCUCUUUGGUUGGCUAUUCUGAUUCCGAUUUUGCCGGUUGCAAAUUGGAUAGGAAGAACACGAGUGGUACUUGUCAUCUCUUUUCAAAUUCCUUAGUUAGCUAG